UAUGCAACCAAAGUUUCAUCGAGUCUGUAACGGAGAAUAAUAGAAGGAGUAAUUUACAGUAAGAACUUAGUCGGGGCCGUUUUUAAAAACUUGUAUGUGUUGACAUCAGAGACAUGUCCGAUACUUGACAUUCCGCGCAUUCCAAUCCAAUUGAUCAACAAAUGUGCCACAACCUGCUCAUCUUCCAUCUGCUCCACAUUUAGAAAUCCAAUUUGGAUUCAUCUUUGAGACACACACACACAUAUUGGAAGAUCCAGUGAGCAUGGCAGAUUCAGUGGAGCACUACAUACAAUCUGUUCUGGAUGGCAGUCCACACAGCAGUGACCUAUCAGAGCUCUGCGAUUUCACACUGACCGAACACAAUGCUGCAUUGGAGACUCAAGGUAUCAGUCCCAGGGCUGAUCCCACCAAGAAACUUGUGAUGGGUGAUAAUAUCACAUACAUUGUUGCUGGGAUAAUCAUCAAUGAUGAGGGGGAAGUGCUGAUGAUACAGGAGGCAAAGGAGAGUUGUGCUGGGAAAUGGUACUUGCCGGCUGGUAGAAUGGAGAAAGGUGAAACUAUCUGUGCUGCCACAGAGAGGGAAGUUCUUGAGGAGACUGGAUACCAGAUCAAGUGCAAAUCUCUGAUAAUGAUUGAGUGUGCCAAGGGGACUUGGUUCAGGUUCGUCUCUGUUGGGGUUGUUGUUGGUGGAUCACUGAAGACCCCAGCACAAGCUGAUUCAGAAUCCAUCCAAGCCAAGUGGACUCUGGAUUUGGCUGAGCUCACUUUGAGAUCCAACGAUAUAGUGCCCUUAAUCAUGAGAGCCAAGGGAAUGGCGCAAGCUAGAAGAUCAUCGGACCAAACCUGGCAUUCCGACAUCCUUCCGAUGAACACGGCCUAUCCGAAACUUCUCCUGAGACUUCUGGUUGUCAUCAGGAAGAAGUCUAAUAACAAAGUCUUUGUUUUGCUCAGCGAGAAGACAGCGCUGCAUCUUCCCACCUGCGAGAUUCAUCCGUCAAAAUCCGUGUACUCCACCUUGAAGAGGUUCAUGGUGGAGAUUUUCGGCGCCGACGUCUCCGUCCACAGACCGCACGGAAUACUCUCCAUGGAAAUGGACGCAACGAACGAACCGCACGGCGCCUGCCUGACGAUGCUCGUCGUCUUCAAGGGCUCUCUUGAAGAGGUGCCCAUCAUCGGCAAAUACGUCUGGCACGAAGUCUCCAAGACGUUAUCCAACGCUCUGGCGAUGAGAGUCGCAGGAAAGAACUCCACGAUUCACCUGAACGUCAUCAAUUGAAUCCAUCCAAAUUACUCUCUCUACAAUUAAUUAAUUUAAAAAAAAUAUAUAGAAGAACAAAAUACUCAAGGUAUACAAGAAACCUGACGAAAAUUCUCUAUUAUUUUUUUAAAAUUUCCAAAUGGGAUUUGUAUCUGCGUCCUUUUUUCAACUGUUAUUUAUUUCUAUUAUCGUCCUUCUUUUUACAUACAUACGCAUUAAUCGAAUCAGUAUUUC